GGUCGAAGUGACAAUGAAGGUGUGGAGGUGAGGAGUGGUAGAAGUCGUGCUGCGAGGUCCAGAGACGACCAUAGGCGUCACACUUUGGGGGCCGACCAGCAAUAUCAUCCGUUGUCAGGGCAAGGAGGACCUCUGUCUAGGACCAUGGAUUUGGAGGGCCAGCCUAGGGGUUACCCACCCCCCUCCAAUGCAAUGCUCUUUGACGAUGACCCCGGCAUCAUGUCGGAAGUAGAAACAAGCUCAACUGGUUUCAGACGAGGCGGGAAGCAAAGGAGUUCCCUGCCUGUCGUUAGAACUCCCAGCAAAACUUUAGAAAGACCAUUAGGCUUAGUGUUCCUCCAGUACCGAAACGAAACGAAACGUGCUCUUCUACCAAACGAAAUAACCUCAAUAGACACUGUGAAGGCCCUUUUUGUGAGGUCGUUCCCCAAGCAGCUCACCAUGGAGUAUAUGGACUCACCAAACGUUAAGAUCUACAUACACGAUUCUUCUAAGGAUAUGUUUUACGAACUUGAGGAUCUCAGAUCGCACCUCCGCGAAAUCCGCGACCGUUCCGUCUUACGCCUCUUCGAGUCCGCAGACGUGUCUGGUGGGUUGCCUAUCGCCGGCAUCGGCAUUUCGGCUGCGUGCGUGGGCGGCAUCGGCAUUCUGCCGCCCCCGAAUGCCGCGCCGCCCGUCGCGUCGCAACCGCCCCAUUUCGAUGAUCCCAGUUAUUUCUCGGAACCGGAGUUCGACUCGGAGUACCAGCAUCAGCAUAUACAUAAAACUAAGGUUAGUAGGAGCAAAACUCUUAACGAUUUGGGGAUAUUCCAGUCGUUAUUGUGUGUUGGAAGCGCGAAGGACUUUACCGCAUGGGCUAUCAUGUAUGGUACUCUGUAUCUAUGCAUGAAGAUUUAGAGUAAACGUUUCUGCUAUUUUUUCGUUUCAUGGAGACACAGUUGAUACUUUCGAUUGAUCCUCGGCAAACUUAGCUUCCUGUGCCCAAUGACAAGAAAUAAAU